AUACCCGAAACUCGAACGAGUAUGGGGCAUGGUUUUGAUUUGUCACCUGGUUCUUUAUGUGUGUAUGACUAAAACCCAAACUAUUUUAGGUAUAGUAAUGGAUAUGCACUAUUUUGAUCAAAUUCAUACAUGUAUCUCUUCCAAAAUCUCGAGUUAUUGAGACCAACUGGUUCUUAACUUGGUAUCAGAGCUGGUUUUGCUAAGCAGUCGCGUGUUAAAAAAUCUGUAUGCCCCCCUGAUAUUAACAUUUUAUUAAUAUGAUAUCAUAUUAGAAAGUGGUAUAUGAUAUUCAUAAUUAACAUUCUCUUGACAACUCAAUUUAAUUGUGACCAACUAUAGUUUAUGAUAUGACAUUAGAAUUCGUAACUUACUUGCCAUUGAACUCAAUUUAUUGUGACUUUAAUUAACUUUAUCUCAACAACUCAAUUUAUUUUUACCAACUAAUUUUAGAGCACUUCUACUAUGCUAUAUAGUAUUGGUGCUUUAAUGUACAACUUAAAGUUGUACCAUAACAUUAAAUGUAUAAGUUUAGGUUGUACCAUAAAGCAAUUUGUACCAUUAUGUUAUGGUACAACUUUACAACUUGAAGUUGUACCAUAACAUAAAGGUACAAGUUCAAGUUGUAUCAUAAAAGAAUUUGUACAAAAAGUGUAGGUACAAUCUAAAGUUGUACCGUAACGUAAAUGUACAAUUUUAAGUUGUACCAUAAAGGCAAAAUCCUAUAGCACCAAUACUAUAUAGUAUUGUAAAAUUUCUCCUAAUUUUAUGACAUGAUAUUAAAAUGCAAAACUUACUUGUCAUUGAAGUUACGUGAUCCUCACAAUCUCAAUAUUAACUUUUGUCUUAAAGUAAUUAGUAUGAUAGAUUUGUUUUGGAAUACGACUAGACACUUCAUUGAAGUUAAAACAGAACAAUUGGCAUAACCAAAAUCCAAGAACCCGGAAAAAAACACGCACGCGCUCCGCCCGGUCUUCAUUUCAUGCAUGAAAAGAAGGGAAAAGGAGGGAGAAACGAAGCAAGUGGAGAGCAAACCAGUACAUAUAGCAAAUGAACCAUCAACCAAAAAAGCAUGCCAGCAAAAGGCAAAGCAAACUCAUCCAUGGCGAAACAAGGCAGCAGGAUGCUCAGCAGUCUUCCCCAUUUCUUCCAGCCCCUCCUUCCAGGCUUCCACGAUCACUUUUCGAUUCCAGUUGGAUUUGGGAAGUACUUGGAAGGAAGGGAAGUGGGUGAAGGAAAUAUUGCUGUGCUGAGAAGCCCUGGAGGGAAAAUCUACAGAGUUGAGAUGGAGAAUGGAAGAGAAUUCAAAGAUGGGUGGAAGGAAUUCGUUGAUGAACAUGAUCUGCAUGUUGGUGAUGUGGUGGUGUUUAGACUUGUUGAUGAUCCCAUGGUGUUUGAUGUCAUGAUUUUCGACCCGAGUGCUUGCGAGAGACCAUAUCCUCACAAUGAAGUUGAUGUUAAGACAGAGGAAGUAGUUGCAGCAGCAGAAGAAGAAAGGCCUUUGCCAUGUGCUGCUGCUGGUGUAGCAGAACCUGAAACAGGGCUCCAUAGCAUUGAAAAUGGUUCAGGGACACCAAUGGAGACGAUCAGGAUUGCCAAAGAUGGUCCUUCUGAGGCAAAGAAACCCUACUUUGUGGUAUCCAUAAAGCCUGACAAUCUAAAUAAUCGCAGACAGCGGAUACCUAAGUGCUUUUCGAUGACGUAUGGCCUGAAUCUGGGGAACGCUGAGGGGGUUGUUUUGGACGAAGAGGGUAGAUCGUGGCCGGUGAGGAUAAACUGCUACUGGAAAUCCUCUUGCGAUACUUACAUCGAACGAGGUUGGGGAGCUUUCCAGAAGGAAAAUGAGCUGAAGCUGGGUGAUACCUUCAAUCUUGAACUUGUUCAGGGUGGUCAGAAGCCAGUCCUACGAAUGUCAGGGCUGCACGCAAAUCCAAUGCUCGAGAAGGCGUACAGCGAGAAGGUAAGGAAGGAGAGAAGAAAGAGAGUGGAAGUUAAGAAGUAUCCGAUCCAUAUUCAGGACUCGCCAGCUGCAGGGUUUUCAGAGAUGGCGGAUACCCAUUUCAUGCUUACUGUAACUAACCACUUUCUGGGAGUUUACCCGAGUAUCCCGAAUAAGUUGGCGCGGUAUGGUGGUCUACAUGGCGGAUCUCGGAGUCUCAUCCUCACAAACGAGAAAGGACGUGAUUGGCUGGUGACAGUCGAGACGAGCACAGACGACGUUACUUAUAUCGCAAACGGCUGGACCGAACUUGUCAGGGAGAAUGGACUCGGUGUUGGAGACACCGUCAGGGUAGAUCUGGUUGAAAGAGGAAUGAACCCUGCCAUGAGUUUCAAGGUGGUUUCAAGGAAUACCAAUGCCAAACAAAGAGAAACCUCGAGCGAUAAGUAACUAAGCUAAGUGCAGCAUCCUGAAGGAAACCUAUGUUCAUAGAGGCAAGUCAUUUUCAGGGGGCAUUGGAGAUCCGUCUACUGCAUCGGAACUAGAAAUCUAAACAUUUCUGAACUCUAUGUAGUCAAAAUGUAAUGUGAAUGGACUUGGUAACCAAAAAAAACGUGUUUUUGGUCGUGAGACCCUUGAGGCUACAAGGCCAUAACAAGAGGAUGAAAAAUGUGACCAGGGGAACAUUUUCGAGCAUUACAUGGCGCGCCUGUGCAAAAAUCAGUUUCUGGGCAUACACAGAAUGAAGAACAAGAGUAUGC